AUGUUAUUUAAUCGAACUAAGUAUUUUCGAUUUAUAUCAGAAAUAUUUCUUCAACAAAGACGAUCGUAUACUGAAAUACGUCAAUUAGAAGAAUUGCAAAGGCUUUACGAUUUAUUAAAACAUGAGUCUCUAUCCUCCACACAUGGUUAUUCCAAAAAAAUGGAUCCUAAUGGAAUAUUUUCUAAUAAUGAAUUAGAUUUACAAAAAAUAAAAGUUUAUGGUUUUGAUUUUGAUUAUACAUUAGCACGUUAUAAGCCAGCAUUACACUCAUUAAUUUAUGAUAAUGCUAAAACAUUUCUUGUCAAGAAUUUACGAUAUCCCGAUCAGUUAAUGAAUUUUUGUUUUCGACCUGGCAUGGGUGCACGUGGUCUUCAUUUAGAUAUCAAACGAGGAUGGUUGAUGAAAGUUGAUAGUUAUCAUAAUAUUCAAUUGGGUACUGUUUAUCGCGGUAUGAAUGCAAUACCAGAUGACGAAGUAAUAGCUGCACAUCAUGGUACAAAACUAUCGGUCGAUGUCGUUGGUUAUCUAGGAAGAACAACGAAUAUGUUUCAAUUUGUUGAUAUCUUUUCAAUACCCGAAAUUACACUUUUGCGAGAUGUUACUCAAUAUUUUAUUGAUAAUAGUAUUCCCUUUGGUUCGGAAUAUGUACAUUAUGAUGUUUCGGAGGCGGUUGCUGCAUUUCAUAAAAGUGGAAUGAUGCAUCAAAUAGUUGGAGAAGAUGUCGAAACGUAUUUUGAAGAAAAUGUUCGAUUAAAACCAUUUCUACAACAUCUUCACGAUGGAAAUAAACAGAUAUUUUUAAUAACAAACAGUACUUAUUGGUAUGUGAAUCGUGGUAUGACCUAUUUACUUGGAGACAAUUGGCGAGAUUUUUUUGAUGUUAUUAUAUGUCAAGCUAGAAAACCAUCAUUUUUUGGUGUUGAAAAAAGACCAUUUCGAGAAAUUGAUGUAAAUAAAAAUUCUAAAUCAUGGAAUCUAGUAAAUAAAUUAGAACAUGGAAAGGUUUAUGUAGAAGGUAAUCUUGCUAAUCUCAUUGAAAUGACACAUUGGAAAGGAAAUGAUGUUUUGUAUAUUGGUGAUCAUAUUUACGGCGAUUUAGCAGAUUUAUUUCUUAAAUAUGGAUGGAGAACAAGCGCGAUUCUAGAAGAAGUUGAAGAUGAAAUAAACAUAAUGAACUCUGACUCAUUUCAACAAACAAUUCAAUGGCUAAAUGUUCUUCAAUGGCUUAUCAAUCAGUUACAAGUCAUUGCUGGCUCUGAAGCUGAUCUUCUAAUGAAAAGUUGGGUGACUGAACGAGAAGAAGAAAAAGCAAAAUCUCGUGAUUUAUUUAAUCCAUAUUUUGGUUCUGUCUUUCGUACACAUACAGUGCCAACCUAUUUUCAUCGACGUUUAGCUCGUUUUGCCGAUGUUUAUACAUCAAAUGUUUGCAAUUUCCACCAUUAUCCGCUGGACUACAUAUUUUUUCCGCGUCGUGUGGCAUUAGCCCAUGAGAAUGUUUUACCAACUCCAGAUAUCAAUUUGCUAUUAAUGGAAACUGCCCGGCACGCAAUGCGUUUCGAGACAGCCCCUGCUCAACAAGAAAACUGA